AUGGAGGAGAAGAACUUCCUGCAGUGCAAAGCUCGCUCCCAGAACCUCAAUCCACCUGCUGAUCUGCGGUUGCUGGACUAUGUCACGCCUUACGAUGAUAAUCUCAUGUGUCCCAUUUGUCGAUGCCCUUUCGUGGACCCUGUUGUUCUGACCGAAUGCGAUCAUUGCUUCUGCCGCGAUUGUAUACGCCAGACGUGGACGACUUCAACUGCAUAUAAUCCGCUUGGGCCGAGGGGAGACUGCCCAUCUUGCCGCACACCAGCCAAACUCGGCCCACGGUCAGCGACGAGCAAGAUCUUGACUAACAUUCUGGACGAUCUCAUUGUCAAGUGCCCCAAGAGUGACGAUGGUUGCAAAGCUCAGGUCAAGCGCGGUGAAGUGCAAGACCAUCUUUCCAUCUACUGCGGGUAUGCUCUGAUUGAGUGCGUUGCGGAAGGGUGCGAGCUACCCGUGCGACGCAAAGACUCUACCCAAGGAUGUCUCCAUUUCGGUGUCAGCUGCCUGGCCUGUCACGAAGAAAUGCAAAAGUGUCAUCUGGAGACACACUGGCGGAGUCGAUGUCCUGAUCGAAAAAUCACCUGCGAAGCCUGCAAGAACAAGGUCUACUACCGUGACCUUGCCGAACACAACCUCGAUCUCUGCUCUUCCAUCAGCAUACCAUGCCCAGGGGCUGCGAUUGGAUGCAGUGUUCGUACGAAACGGAAAGAGGUUCAGAUUCACGCACGCAGCUGCACAUUUGCCAAGCUCGCACCUGUACUGGCCGCACAAACCGAGAGGCUGGAUGAGCAAGAGUCUGCUCAGAAGGACAUGGCUCGGAAAUUGGAUGUACUGGAGAAAGGCUUCACAACCAUGCAGUCCAUUCUCUUUCCACACCAAGACGACCCCGACUCUACGAGUGCAGACCCGAGUUCGAUUCCACUACUAGAGGGACACGGUGGUGUGCAACCCGAUGGUAAUAUCGUAAUCACGCCCUCAGACGAGUUCGCCGAAGCCCAGCUCCUCCCAGCCGACCAAUCCCCUCCUACUCGCCAAAGCCGCUCAAGGACAAGCACAACCGAUCGUCUUUCAAACUCCUCAAUCCCUCAAAGCGCCAUCCCCGAUCCACCCGGCCCCCGGCCAUCUGACCUACCAGAACCUUUCAGCCUCGACUUCGACCUCGCCUCCCCCUUCCCCCCACCACCCAAUACAACAGGACCCUACGCCUCCCCACUUCACCACCUCCUCUCCAUGCACGAAGCGCUUCGGGAAGAAAUGUCCCGCGUCAACUCUGCUCUACAAGAACUCGACGGCCGCCACUCGAUGCAGAUCCUCAACGAGAACAUGCGCACGAGGGAGGAGAUUACGUACAUGGGCGCGCAGGUGGCCGGGUUGAGUCGGCAGGUGCACUGGCUGACAUCUGUGCAAUUGCAGAGGCAGCAGAGUCGGAGUGGGACGCCUGGUGGUGGGGCAGGAAGCGGUGAGGUUGCGGCGGCGGCGGGACCGAGUGUUGAGCAGGCUAUCAGUAGUGCUGUGAGAGGGGCGGCGAGGAUCGUUAGUGCGGGACGGGAGGGCAUGGCGAUGAGGAGGGGGCAUAGUGAGGAGGGGAGGACGAAGUUGUGA